AUGACGGUCCAUGACGGCGCAGGAUUAGGCGGGGGAAAUGCAGACGGGCGAGCGAGCAGCCAAGUAGGUGGGUGGACAGGUGGAACAGCAAUUGAGAGAACAAAGCAGGCGAGAGCAGCCGCCCACCUCACGCUCGUGCACACGAUGCUCGAUCCCUCCACACGCGCGGUGCCGACGGGCGAGACGUCCACGCUCCCGACAUCGCUCGUGGCGACCUCGCUCGGGCACCGCGCGGAGCCGAGCGCUCCAUGGUACGAUCCCGCGCUGGGACACCUGCGCACGCUCGGCGGGCGGGUGCUCGACACGGUGGGGUGGACGGUGGAUGGUGAGUUUGCGGAGGACGUGCUGCCGAGGACGGUGGAGGGGGAGGACCCGCCUCCGGAGACUGAGAAGGCGUGGCGCGAGGGAUGGAUAGCCAUACAGCUCACUCUGCUCGAAGCAAGCAGGCUUGUAUGCGGCGGGCUCAUCAAGCUGAUAUCGGGGCUGUCGAGCCGGACUAGCGGGCACUCACCUGGUUUAUGCGCCUCCAGCGAUGCUCUUGGUGCACCGCUGAAGCUCCUACAAGCUGCGGCUCACGCAGCCUGA